AUGACGAUCAAAGGUCUCGACGGCGCCGCAAAUUCGGCAGCCGCAGCUCAUAAACCGGCGCAUUUCAAGCUGGAGAACGUCAUCCGACCCAACAUUCUCUCGCUUGAGCCUUACCGAUGUGCCCGAGACGACUAUCAGUCAGGUAUUCUUCUCGACGCCAACGAGAACAGUCUCGGUCACUCGCUGCCCCCUAAAUCGGUCAUCCCUCACAACCCCGGCAGAUGGAAUGGUGCUACACCAGUCCAGUCUAGCGAAGCAGACGACCCGCUUUCACUCAACCGCUACCCAGAUCCUGGUCUCUUUGGCAUCAAGCAAUCCCUCGCUGAGCUCCGCGGCCUACCGAAUGACAAGUUUGUUUUCCUCGGUGUCGGCAGUGAUGAAGUUCUCGAUUUGGUCCAGCGUGUUUGCUGCCGUCCUGGCAAGGACAAGAUCUUGAUCUGCCCACCAACCUACGGCAUGUACAGCGUAUGCGCAGCAGUCAACGAUCUUGAGGUCGUCAAGGUGCCAUUGAUCCUCCAAGGCGGCAAGUUUGCCUUGGAUGUAGAGGCAGUCAACAAGAAGCUCGGCGAGGAUCGAGACAUCAAGAUCACCUUCAUUUGCUCGCCAGGUAACCCCACGGGCACAUUGAUCCCACCAAGCCAAGUUAAGAAGGUGCUCGAUAACGAGAAAUACAAGGGCUUGGUCGUUGUCGACGAGGCAUACAUCGACUUUGCAGAGCAAGAGAAGAGGAUGGGUAAGCGCCCCGCAGAAGAGGUGGUCAGCGCAGUAAGCUUGACUCACGAAUACGAAAACGUCAUGGUCACACAGACACUCUCCAAGGCCUUCGGUCUUGCUGCUAUCCGUCUCGGUAUUGCAUUCGCUCAGCCGGCAUUGGUUCAGAUCAUGAACAACACCAAAGCGCCUUACAACAUCUCUUCGCCCACCGCCCACCUUGCCUCACUUGCCCUCUCACCUAAAGGUAUCGCUCAGAUGCGAGCCAAGGUCGAGAGGCUGAUUCGCAACCGCGACCAGCUCAUCAUAGACCUCAAGGCUCUCCCAGGCACUGGCGCAAUAUUGGGUGGCAACGAUGCCAACUUUGUUCUCAUUCAAAUGCUCGAUCUCGAGACAAGAUCCAAGCCAGACAACGAGGUCGCUCAGAUGGUCUACAAGCGUAUGGCAGAAGAGAUGGGUCUUGUAGUCCGCAACAGGGCCAAAGACCUCGGAUGUGCCGGUUGCUUGAGAAUCACGGUAGGAACAGAGGCGGAGAACAAGAGAUGUAUCGACUUGAUCAAGCGUUUGCUCCAAGGUGGACUGUAG